GCUAAUUUGGCGGGAGCGUAAAUUUAAAAGCAUAGGAUCUAUCACCCCCACCCAGGAGCCGUGGACUCGACGCACGAAGUCCUGCCGAGGGAGGUGGUGGGAGGGGAGGCAGCCCAGGGAGUCCCGAGGAUCUCGGGCUGGCGUCAUCGCUGCCCCCUCUUCCCCCUUCCGGAGCCCCCUUCCCUUUAGCAAGGCGGUGGGAAGCGCUAGGACCCCGCUGUUGCCGGUUACCUACCGGUGGACGGUAAGCGGAGGCGGGACAGACUGCAGCAACGCCGGCUCCCUGAAAUAAAUCCCCCGAAGAGAGGGAAAGGCAGCUGGCAGGCGGCCCACGAGGCUGAGUGGAGAACUAGCCGGCUCGUCCGGCGUCUGAGCUUCAGCGCUUUUCCGCGUUGCGCCCGGCUUUGCCAUGGAAACCAUUGAAAGGCCCGAGAAAUUGUAAUUGCUUCAUUGGUUCGAUUGCUCUGAUCUAAGACAAGGGAGAACCAGGAUGCUUAGUAUGCCCGUUGCAGUGGGGUGAUUCAGUCAAACUAUCUUUGAAUCAAAUAAAUUCUUGGUGUUUUGAACAGUCCUGGUGACCAGUAGAUAUUAAGAGAUAAUUCAGCGUGUCACCCACUUUCAUACGGAAUAUGUCAUUUUGCAUUUGGGAUACCUGUUGAAAUAGUUCUUGGAAAUCAUCAGUAUCAAGGAAGAACAAUCCACGUGAGAGCCACAAAUGGAGAAUCAAUCUUGGGACUUCUUUGAAGCCCUCAUGGGCAAUAUCAGCACCAACCAGACUAUUCUGAACAAAAUGCCUCAGUUGCCCCUGGAGGUCCAGGUGGUCACUAUCUUGCUGGUCCUUCUGAUCUGCGGGGUAGGCAUUGCAGGCAAUAUUAUGGUAGUCCUAGUGGUUCUUCGCACCAAGCACAUGGUGACUCCCACCAACUGCUACCUGGUGAGCCUGGCUAUAGCUGACUUGAUUGUACUACUGGCAGCAGGGCUGCCCAACAUCUCUGAGGUGGUGGCUUCCUGGGUGUAUGGCUAUGCUGGUUGUCUCUGCAUUACUUACCUGCAGUACUUGGGCAUCAACAUCUCAGCAUGCUCCAUCACAGCCUUCACGGUGGAACGCUACAUUGCCAUCUGCCACUCCAUUAAGGCACAGCUGCUUUGCACCGUAGCCCGGGCCAAACGCAUCAUCGCUGUCCUAUGGCUCUGCACUUCUCUCUACUGUCUCAUGUGGUUCUUUUUGGUGGACACCUCAAAAGCCAUGUUUGCUGAUGGCACUCAAGUCAGCUGUGGCUACCGUGUUUCCAGGAACCUCUAUAUGCCCAUCUACUUCUUAGACUUCACCAUAUUCUAUGUCAUCCCCCUGGGCUUGGCCACUGUGCUGUAUGGUCUCAUUGCUCGCAUCCUCUUCAUGAAUCCACUGCCUGCAACACCGCAGCAUGCAAGCCGGAUGAGCAAACGCAGCAGCUCCAUCCAUACCUCCAGCUCCAUGAAGCUCUCUUGCCGAGGAAACAAGGGUGCUUUGAGCUCCAGGAAACAGGUGACCAAGAUGCUGGCUGUGGUGGUGAUUCUCUUUGCUCUUCUGUGGAUGCCAUACCGUACCUUAGUGGUAGUCAACUCUUUCAUGGACCCUCCCUACCUGAACAGCUGGUUUCUCCUCUUCUGUAGACUCUGCAUCUACCUGAACAGUGCUAUCAAUCCAGUCAUUUAUAACUUGAUGUCCCAAAAAUUUAGAGCUGCCUUCAGAAAGUUAUGCAAAUGCGAGCAGAAGAGAACUGAAAUUGCCACGCAGUUUAACACCCCUGUCUUCUACAGCACAAUGAAAGACUAUUCUCAUGACAGUUCGGAGCACAAUGUAACAGAACAAGAAGAUCUCAAUGGCUGCCCUCCAAUAUCCAGGAAGAAAUAAUCCUUCCAAGUAAACAUGGCACACAAUCACUGUCUUUGGUUGCAGAAACCACCAAUGUGGAUCAUUUUAGGAAAAUCUGAUCAGCAUGCUAAAGAUCUAUUAUUCUAUUUUCUGCAUUUGGAUGUAAUAUUUUCAUUGCUGUAUUUUAAUGCUAACCUGAGCUUACCUAUGUCAAAUAUUAGUUGUGGCUAAAAUUUGUUGUGGUACAAUGAAAUCUCUCACUUGGUGUCAAUAGCCUUUUCUGAACAAUCCUCUCUCAGAACUGUGUGCAAUCCAUUGGCUACACUCUGUCCAUAGUAUUCUCACCAACACAAACUUACUGUUGUUCAUGCUUUUUUGAAGAAGAGGAUUUGGAAUGAGAAGCUCCUUUAUUUGAAACUUUUCUCCUGGAUCAGAAAGAGAGACAUUUCUGGGAUGAAAGGCUAGACAGAAGAAACCUCUCUAUCUUGGGGCCUUAAGAAAAUAAUUGGACUAGAUUGGACCUAUGGGCUUCAAAUGUCCCAUGUCUGUUCUAAAGCCUGGUUGAAGUAGGAAAAUAUCUCAUUGAUGAAAGUGAUAGAUAUUCUUGCAGAAGAAAUGGAGACAAAGAAAAUUUCCCUGAAUAAGUCUAACUCUUCUGAAAUGGCUCUCUAAGUUUCAUGCACUAGUUUAAACAUUAAACUACGGUAUGUAUCUUGCUGGCUCAAGUGAAAUUUGGCAUAUAGAGCCUUUCUAGAACUUUCCAUGAUGUCUGUUGGCUACUACGGAUGCUUUUACAGGACAUGCUCUAGAAAUAGGGGACAGGCUUCCUUGCUGUUAAAACAGAAUCAUUGGAAAGAUGUUGCCUUUUCAUUCAUUAGAAUUAAGGUCAUCUAAUUUGAUACUUUUCUGCAUUGAAAUUUGUUCUCCAGUUCUUCAGGAUAGAGAUUAUUCCAGGAAAUAUUGAGGAUUGAAUCUGUAAUCUUUUGCAUGUCAGUAUGUGUUUUACCAAUUAACUAAUCGCUUACUGUCUAGUUUAUUAUGAAUGUGAAGCAUUUGAAAGUAUAUUAUUAAUUUUAAUAGGUAAACAUGA